AUGUAUUCACUAAAUAAAACAUACUGCAGAACAACUUGGGAAGCGAAGAUCAAGAAACAAAAUAUUAUUCUUUCGAGGUUGAGCUAGCCCUUUAAUGUUCCAGGUUAAUUGUACUGUCUUCUACUACAUGGUCUAUACGGAUUGUACCGAGUGGCCCAGGCAAAAUCUUUGCUAUAUCAGGGUAAAAUCUCCUUCUAUGGGACGAUCUACUAACAUGGGAACAGCAUAUGGAAAAUUGAAAUCAUCACUUGUGUAAAUAGACCCAAGAAUUGCUUCCCUACUUUCAACUUCGUUAGGCCUUUAUUUUAGCUUUUAUUGUGAUUUUUUAGGAAUCAAAUACUUUUUGGCAACUUGUCCUGGACAGAACUGCGAUUCAGUUUGUGCAACAUUUGGUUUUCAAUGUGCUAAAACGGGGCAAAGCUUUCCAGGUUCAUCUGCUUUACCCAUAUUCGAAUCUCUGGGAAUUUCGUGCAAAACUAUCAACGGCAGCGAACAAUAUGAAAGUGAAGAGCACCCUUGUUACUUUGCGGAGUCUCACGUCACGAAAUGGGUUGGAGUUUGCGUCGGAUUUAAGGGUAUCCCUGGGACCAUUGACUGUCACACGGCCAACAACACUUACAUCCGCAGGUUGUGUCCAUGCUUUGAUCCUACAGGUAAGUUGGUCUGCUUUUUUUUUUAACUGAUGCAAUACUCUCUAUCGUUCAUCAUUAUUUUAGCUUAAGUUCUUGUUAGUCAUAUUAAGAGGCUCUCUCUACCAAUUACCAAUAAAAGUUGGUUUAACUACCAACGUGUCAAUUUGUGAACUAAUCUAGAAAUAUCCAAGGCUUCGUACGUUUGGACGGUCCAGUAUUCUAAAUCCAAACUUUUGAAUAAUGAAGCGGUGGAUCUUGUUUCUUUCCCAAAAGCUGCUCUAAGCCCCAAUAUAUCAAGUAAACCACCAUCUAAAAUAAAACGUUCCACGAAGAAAUUUUCCCCAGUGUCCCCCAUUACAGGAGGACGUUUUUCCACGAAAGCACCUCCAACUGCGACAGAACCUUCCAGUGCUCGAAGAGCUCCAACUACAACAGAAGCUCCCACCACAAAAAGAGCUUCAGCCACGAAAAAACCUCUCACUCCCCACAUAGCUCCAUCUAAAGCAGGAAUUUCCACCACAAAAAGAGCUCUUGGUACUAUGGAACCUUCCGCGAAUCAAAGGACAUCUGCUGUAAAAUCGCUCAUCCCAGAGGAACGAACCGGAAUACCAACAGGGGAAACUAAGAACACUUCAUCUGACAACAAAGAACAUUCGGGAGCGAACCCUCCAGAACAGCAGAUAGGAACAAGCGGCGAUGCUGAUAGAACAGCUCUUAUUGUUGUAGCAGUUAUUGCUGCUGUUUUAGUGCUCUGUCUUUUGGGAUUAGCAGUUAUUUUCAUGAGGAAUAAGAGGAAAUUUAUCAGGUAUUUUCGAUCAAAUACGUGUUGGUUAAUUUACGUAGUUCUCUCUUAUCUCCAACUUUGAUUAUGUUACUGGUCGUCGACAAAUGUCAGUUUAAUGCAGAACGUAAUUUACUCUUGAUAUAAUGAGCCUAUUACGUCUCAAACCAUCGUUGCUGGUCCUCAGAAACGUGAGCUUAAAGGACUGCAGUUCAAGAAGGGGAUGGCAGUAAAUUCAUAGCACAACGUCAUAAUGGUAAAUAAGGUUGUCAUAAUGGUAAAUAAGGUUGUCAUAAGUUGCUUAUUGUGACAGUUUCCACUGUGACCCUUUUGUGGAUCCUUGAUUAUGUUGCUGGUCGUGGACAAAUGUCAGUUUAAUGCAGAACGUAAUUUACCCUUGAUAUAAUGAGCUUAUUACGUCUCACACCAUCGUUGCUGGUCGUCAGAAACGUGAGCUUAAAGGACUGCAGUUCAAGAAGGGGAUAGCAGUAAAUUCAUAGCACAACAUCAUAAUGGUAAAUUAAGUUAUCAUAAGUAUCUUAUUAUGACAGUUUCCACUGUGAUCCUUUUGUGGAUCCUUAAUUGCUUUAACUUCUUCAUUUGCAUUUUUGGUCAAUCCUUCUCUCCUUGAUGUGUUUGCCCUGAUCAUGAAGGUAGACCAUCAAUUCAUUUUUUCAGUGAACGACAAUUUAAAAGGACCCGCUUUGAAAGAACUAAGAAUAUAGUGAAGUACUUUUUGUGAUUGUUAACUUUAACGGCUCUUCUGUAUUAAAUUGUUCCAAACUUUUAAAGGCCACCUAACCAAGAUAGUGGGUUAUUUCCUAUUGUAAAAAUGAAAUACAGAUGUUUUCCUUCAUAGUCAGAAAGAAGACACAGAUGUUUAUAACGAAAAGCUUAAUGUCCAAUUUAGCAAGAACAAGAGCGACGCAGUCUUAUCUGAUACGAUGGAUGGUUUAGCUGUUGAUAAUGAGACUGAUCAAGAAAACAGGUAGGCGCAUGUUAGUCAUAUUGUGACUUUCUAUAACUGACAAUGAAAGGUAUUGAAAUGUUUGAAAUUUUUUUUGAUAUAAAUAUACAGCUACUACGAAUUGAGUUUGAUAUGAAUUGUGUCUAUUGUCUUUAACAUUAUUCAUUUCCAGGAACUUAAUUUUUCCUUUGAUAUUGUUCUACUUUAGAUAUGCGAGCCUAAUAGAAAAGUCCACUGACAACAUUUUGUAUGCAAGGUGAGGUCUUGGUGUCUUUUGCUGUUAGGGCUAAUUAAUUUUUGGUUCUACUUUGAGGUGAAGAGAUUGCAUUCUCAUCGGGAAGAUAGGGAGCAUCGCAAUGUAGGCUCCUUUUUCCAGCUUCAUACACUUUUUCAGAAUUUGUUUAGCCACUGUAGUCAUGCAAAUCUCGAGUACCUCGAGCUAUUCAUAGAUUUCAGCUCUGGUCUAUUUGGAUGGACUUCAUAGCAACGAAAUAUUGGUGUCAUGCUAUCCACCCCUCCCUCCCUCCCCCCUUCCCCCUCCCUCUCUCCUUCCCUCCUUCACUUAUCUUCUUCUUACGCUUCUAACUGUUAGCGUCACCGAGGAAAAGAAUAUUUGCUUUGUGUCCGGUAACAACAAUCACGUGUACGACAGGUGAGGUGCAUUUUUUAAAGAGUAUCUCUCUUUUAACUUGAUUAAUCAGUUUGAACCAUAAAAUGCCACAGCGAAGUAUACUAGCUGUUGUGAUAAAAACGAUGAAAAACUGCUAAGAACGAUGGAUAAGCCUUACCUUUUCUAACAAUAGUAAUAAAGUGGCUGGUUUGAACCCAGCAGUAGCAAGAGGCUAAACAGAACUACCUAACUUUACAAAAGGAAACUGAAACGAAACCGACCGAUCAUAACUGAUAAUGACUUUGCUGCUUGAUCUUUACUGCUGAUACGAUUACGACAAAGCUGAUCGAUUAGUUGUCAAGAAACAGACCUUUGAGAUUCGCCUGACAAACAAAUCUCCUUUUAGCUCUAACGACGUCCUUCGCUAGGGUUGUCGAAGUGCACGUGUCACCCGGCAACAUUUCCUUAUGGCACCACUCACCCCUACAAGAUCAACUUAAAUAGAUUGCUUCACUCGUCCUCUACAACUGGGACCUUCUUACUUCUAAAUUUAUACGUAUUUUAUCUUCUAUUGUUUUAGAUUAGUGUAAGUUCCUUUUAUUGAGCCGCUGAAGUUGAGGAUUUUAAAUCAAUCAACAGUUGCAGAGUCAGCGCCGGUGGACCUCACUCAAGUCAUCAUUGACCCAUCAUUGUGUUCAUGAUCUGGCAACAAAAUCACACUAAUCAAAACCGCUACUAUACCAAAUAAUCAGCAUGAAGGUCGUGUGAGAAUAAUUUUAAGAUUAGUUUAUAGAAAAUUACUGUACCCGAAAAGAUACAAUGAAAGGAGAUAAUUACAACUGUCUUUUGAUGUAUUUCCCUCUCUUAAGGGCGUUUACAUUGUAAAUACAUUGGUAACCUUCCAGACAUUGGACCUGAAAGUCGUAGGCUGACCUGAAGUGAAUUUUUGCACUUCUCGUGUGCAAGGCUUUUCAUGAUCAGUCAGGGAGCAGUUGCCUUGAAACUUGCCACCUCAUUCUUCUUCUUCUACUUAUGCCAUAAAAUAUCACUUGCCUUUGUUCAGCAUGCUGCAUGAUACGUCAUCAUCACGGUAUCUUAUACCAUGAAAUGAUGUAUUUCAUUAGGAUGCUUUUAUAGAAUAAAACAGGUCACGGUUUUCAUGUCAGGCAACCUCACUAUUGAUUAGUGAAAGCUGCUGAAGAAACUUGUCAUGGGAAAAAUGCUAAACGUUAAAUAAUCUCCACGAUUAGUCUCCAUGUUUGUUAAAAAUCUGACAUUUAGUCGUUUAUCGAGUAAAACUUGUCAUAUCCCUGAGUGAAAUCCCUUUUAGAAGGACAGGUUAGCUAAUUGAAUAGCUCUUAUUAUCCUUUUAUCUCACAGGAAAACUGUGUGCGUCACUUAUUGAUUUGAAGCAAGCAGAAUAUCGUUGGAAUUAAGGCAGUAAAACUGAGUAAAAAGUAGCUCUUGCCAGGAGACUCUCUGUCUCUAUGGAUUUCCUGAAAUCAUAACACUUAUCAGUAGAAGACUGAUAAGUGAACAAGGGCCUAAAGGACACGUGGCGUCUUAUCGACCAAUCACACGAUCGUUAGACUUAGCCCGGUUACAACCAGACAGCACAAAGAUAAACAUCUAUAACAGUAACCGUGUCAGACGAGCUUGUUUUUAUUUUCUCGAAUGAACGGUGAAUAAUCUGCUUAGAUGGAGUUGUUUUAUAGCUUGACCUUAUUCGCGAUGUCUUUCGAUGCAGCUUGGUGUUUCGUUCACGUCACUGGUAAGUAAGAUUUAUCGUACUGUUGGUAUCAACUGAAACACGUUUAGCUGAAGUUCAAUGACGAUGUCUCAAGCUCAUGUACAACUUACCUCGACAUUAGAAGAGUAGAUCUGCCUUUGUGAACUGUGCCAUUAACUUUAAACAGUUUGAGAAGAAAGAAAUUUGAAAAAGCUUUAUUAGCGAUAAAAAAAUACGUUUGAAACCCAAAGAUUGGAACUCAACUUUUGUAUCACAGCCUGAAGCGGCGAGUGAUGUUUCUCUGUUUAGGUUUAAAUUGCCACGAUUGCCGAUCUAAUCGGUCCGGUGAUUAAGAUAGGAAGGAUAAACAAGGCUGAUAAAAAGUAUCAAAACCAACAACUAAGACUUUUCUUGCUAGCUUAGUAGAAAUUACGUAUUCCGUAGAGGUAACCAAAAGGACCUCUGACAGUUCAAAUACUUUUAACCAGCAAGACAUCAUUGAAUCUUUACAGGCUUUCACAGCAUGUAUCUCUCCGCGUCCAAAAAAAAUCAAAAGGAAAGGAGAAAAACGCUGCAUCUUUCAGUCAAUGUUAGAUUUUUUUUGUUGGAUUUUAACGCACACAGCGACAGUGAAAUUUAUGAGACAGUUGACUCGUAAUGUUUCAGUGCAUUAGUAGAAUUUGAAGAAAAAAAACAGAUGUGUGGUUUUGAAACAAAACUGGCUAAAAGCCAUGGCAAACGCCAAACUGACACGAGGUUGACGGAGGCGCCAGAAUAUGGGUCAACCGUAAGUCAAGAGUUUCCGCUUACCACUCACGUAUUUAGGCAAUUUACCGUAGAAUCAUGAAAAAAAGAAAGGGUUUAGACACCUCCGGUUAUUGUGUAGGUUGAUGAUGACGCCUUUUCAGCACGAAGUAUUGAAGUUGCAUGUAAAGCAGGGCUUCUUUUGGAACGAUUAAGUUCUUACCACUUCUAAAUGAACAAUUGACACUUAAGCCGUUUUAAAACUUAUUAGUUUCUGACAUGUCAGUGGUAGAGAAGGCGUUGAAAUAACAACCAUAUGUGUUUAUGUUAUAAAUAAGAGCUAUAUCCGGUACAUUGAUCUAAAUUUAGUCAUACGGGUCCUUCUUAUUUCGAUUUCAAGCGGAUGGAUUGAUUUCAGAUAAAUCAUGGUACCAUUUUGGUUACAAUGUCUUUGCUGCAAAAAUUUACUUUAUUCUACUUCGGAAUUGAGAAGAGGGGCACACUGGUCGCAAUUUUUCAAUCGAAGACAGACAGACAAAUCUUGGCGUGUUUUCUUAUCACACUAUCAUAUUUGAUAUCUGGCCUUGUAUUUUCUCCAAUCAGUCAUCGCACGGAAGAAAUUCUUUGACCCUUUCACCCCAUAGAUUUAAAUAUCGAUCUUUCCUGCCUAUCCUGGCUGGAGAUGCAUCGAAAUAACUUGGUUCUUUCCCUUAGAGACAAGUUAACAUCUGGCACGUGGGGGGCUAGGAGGGGUGAAAUUUUUCUUUUUCUUCUUUUUUUUUGGGGGAGAGAAAGGUACAUGGUUUUCAGAGGAAAGGAAGGGAGAAUCAAUCGUCGCCAUGAAGGGCGAUCACAAGAACACCCCAGAGACGUAUGGAGGAUCGGGUAAAUUUUUAUCGCCCCCCUUCCCCCUACCCCCCUCUGCCCCUUCCAGAAGAUAAAUAUAAAUAACGGCCGGUCCCUCAGAAAUAUGUAGGUACAGUGACUCCUCUGGUGUUCUUUCAGACCGCUUACGGUUAUCAAAACAGCCAAUCGGGAAAAAACAUACAACAACGAGACAAUGAGAACUGCAAGUAAUUAAUACAUGUGCAUAGUCCACAGAGCGAGAAAAUGCGAUUGUUUGUAACCAACCUCAGAGCGAAAACAAUUCACUAAAACUGAAUUUACUGCAACGAAUACAUAGGAAGAGCAAUUAAAAUUUCCCUUUUAAUGUAUAUUAUUAAUAAUUCAGCUUCUUCUUCGUGGCCGGCGGGUUCGUAUGCUCUACCGAUGGCAAACUCGGGAUGUCCCAAUAGCAGCGGAUUUACAUGGCAUACAGGACACCGAACUGAGGAAUUAGAAAACGAUGGCAAUAGAAACGCACGUUCAACGAGCAUUCACUUAAAAGCUAAGGUAGGAAAGCCAGACAUAACGCAACACUUCUGCGUGAAAAACUCCACAGCAACCGAUAAAGGAAAGCCUAAGUGGCCCAACGGAAAAUACUGCAUUUACAAAGAGGGCGCCUUCUGUCCUCAGGAAUUUUACGAAGGCUUCGUUCGUUGGGAUGACAACAACGAAAAAAACGGAUCCAAUCGAAAUAACAAAGAAGGAAAACUUCCCGCAGGAGUUUACAACCAGGAUACUUUGAUAUAUUUUUGUUGUAAGACAACAGGGUCUGCUGGCGUUUGGGUCCACAACUUGUCAAGAAGUCCAGGGUGCUGUGUAUUCGCUUGA